CCGCCUACCCCUCCGACUCCGGACACACUUCCCCUCCCGCCGCCGCAGCCGGCGCCCCAGCCCUCCCGCCGCCCGCACGAAGGUCCCGAGUAGCGCAGAGGGUAUUCCUGACCAUGGGGACAGCCAACGAUGGUGAGAUGGCCCCGGAGACCCCACAGCCCACCCACGUCGAUGUGCACAUCCACCAGGAAUCUGCCCUGGCCAAGCUCCUGCUGACCUGCUGCUCUGCGCUGCGGCCCCCAGCCACUCAGGCCAGGGGCAGCAGCCGGCUGCUGGUGGCCUCAUGGGUGACGCAGAUCGUGCUGGGGAUCUUGAGUGGGGUCCUCGGAGGAUUUUUGUACAUGCAAGGGUUCAGCCUCCUGGUCGCCUCGGGAGCUGCCAUCUGGACAGGGGCCGUGGCUGUGCUGGCUGGAGUUGCUGCCUUCAUUUAUGAGACACGGGGUGGCACCUACUGGUCUCUGCUGAGAAGUCUGCUAGAGCUGGCAGCUUUCUCCACAGCCAUUGCUGCCCUCAAGCUUUGGAAUGACGAUUUGGGAUACGGCCGCUAUUAUAGUAACAGUAUGUGCCACAUCUCUACCUGGAGUAACUGGUACAACACCCCAAUCCCCACUGAGAGUCCAGAAGAAGUCAGAAGGUUCCAACUGUGUAUCUCCUUCCUGGACAUGCUGAAGGCCCUGUUCAUUACCCUUCGGGCCAUGCUCUUGGCUAUCUGGAUUCUGCUGCUUCUGGCAUCUCUGGCCCCUCUGGGGCUGUACUGCUGGAGAAUAUUCUCAGCCAAAAAGAAAAGAGACAAGAAGGACAUGUUGGAAGUGAGUGGAAUCUAGCCAUGCCUCUCCUGAUAAUAGCACCUGGUGCUCCUGCACUGGGCGUCCCUGCAUCUGACUGCUGGAAGAAGAACCAGACUGGGGAAAAGAGACUCUUCAACAGCCCAGUUAUCCUGCCCCAGGACCAUGGUCACAGCCCUGCUCCAGCAGCACUUGUCCAUUCCUUGCACCCCUUCCCCGUCCUGCUCCGCGGCAUGUCCCCUCCUAAGCAGUCACGUGAUAAUAAACGCUCAUAUUAUUGUGCCCAG